AUGGAGGUGUACCCAAGGUUGUCCUAUUACAAUGAUGUGCAAGAUGGAACAGCUUUAGUAACAAAAACCUUAGAAACUACUAAUCACCUGACUCCAUUCCAUAUUCCUCCUGGACCACCUAUACUACCGGAUAGAUAUGAGGAUCUAAGGGACACAUUCCAGCUGUGUAAGCCUGUCUUGAAAGGAGAACAAGAAUAUGGAGAAAGUGAGCCCCUGUUGCCAGAAACUCACAGAAACUAUGAGCCACCGUACAUAUUUGAUAGCAAACAUCAGUACUACGGGUCUACCCAAGAUGCCCCGCUAAGACUUCCACGACUGCCGGAUAAUUCAGCUGAGGAUGCAAGAAAUUUAAAAUACAAGUUGCCACCAAGGGUUCCAGGUACUCGUCUUGUUGAGAGCCGCUUUCAUCCUUUUCAUCCCUAUGUCCAUACUCCCGAGCCUGAUAAUGUUCACACUUCAGGUAAACCUGACAGCUACGAUGAUGGCUGCAAACCGUUGGAUAUUCACAAGGCUAUAGGGUGGCCAGGAAAAGAUGGAUAUGUUUGUCUUCCUCAGUGUGCACAGCAAAAUGUCCCAGCAUAUGAUUCAAAUGCUCCAGAGUUUCCUAAAUCCACUUUCAAAAUCCCAGAGCUUGAUAUCUCAGCCAGAGCUGCCAACAUGUUGGAAAACGUAAAGAAGGCCCUUUGGUUAUCAACUUACAAGCGUGACUUCACAGGCACAGGUUCUAUGAACCCCUUGCUGUUGGAUGAUCAUGAUGUCAAGACAAUUGGUCGAGCAACUGGAGAACUAGGCAUAAACGUGGAUCUGAGAGAAACGUUUCCAUCACACACUUCUCAAGUGAGACCCUUAGAAGGACGCGUCGCACGCUUUCUCCAAAACAGACGACCUCUCGUGUCAGGCCCUCGACAGCAGGAAUCCCCACUCGUUCAUAUGCCUCCACUUCAGCAUACACCUGACUCAGUUGUACGUGGUUUUUCAGAAGGGGUACUGAGCUGUGGGGAAGUUUUGCCGAUCCCAAUUCAGCAGUGUCGAAAUACAGAAAAUGGAAUCAAGCAGUGGAACGAGCAUGUGGCACAGAAGCGUCCUCCAUGGAACAGAUUUCGGAAAAUUACAGAUACUUGGAAAACAGAAUCUCUGUAUUUAAGGCAGCUUGAGGUACCACCCAAUCCAAACCCAGAUCUGAAACCUUCAGAAUCGAUUUACUAUGAAGAUUUGAAACCCUCCCGUCUAGAUAAAUACAUAGUGUGGCACCAUCCUGUCAUUCUCAGUAAACCAGUCUCAACAGACCUAAAUUAUGGAAAGCAUGGGAACCUUCAGGAUCUUGAGUUUGCUUCUAGUCUUGAAGACACCCGGCCAAGAAACCCAUUGCCAGAAUGGAUUCCUAACUGUGGGGUGGCUCGGCCUCAAACGUGCUUACUAGAUAUUCAGGACUUUUAUACAAAAACCGAUACAAUCAAGCGUUUGAAUGACCUAACUAGAGGAGGAAUCAGAGACCUCAGAGAUCAUGACAGAAAAGGCAGAAGGCAUAAAAUCGCUGGUUUUCAUGUCCAUGACUUUAACUGA